AUGUUCCGCGUCUUGCCACUGCUCUGCCUUCUGCUGGGCCUCUCCACUGCUCGGUCUGCGGAGAACUGCGAUCAGGACCCCACCGCCACGCUCUUCUGCCGGGGCGAGCGCGCCCUACGCAACGUCCUGAGGAACUUAAACAAAAGCGACAAGCCGCUGGUGGUGGUACGGGGACUGGAGAUUGUGCCGCUGCCAAAUGCCAUAGCAGUCGAGGAGGAUUCCGAUUCCGAGCAGGGCCUGCUGGACAGUCUGGCCUUCUAUCUGCGAAACCACGAGGUGAAUGUGAAGCUGGCCUACCUACUGGAAGACGAGACCAAGGGCGAGGUUUCAGAAGCCCGCAAAAAGGACAAGGGCCAGGGAAUGCUUUUGGCCAUGGCCCUGAUGUUUGGCAAAAUGAUGGCCGUGCUGGGACUCGGCGGCAUUGGAGCAUUGGCCAUGAAGGCGCUCGGCGUGUCUAUGGUGGCUCUAAUGAUGGCCGGAAUGCUGGGUCUGAAAACGGCAGCGCAGCAUGGCGGAGAAUCCAGUCACAGCAUUUCGUACGUAACCGGCGAGGGACACCAUCACAAACGCCGGCGCCGAUCCACGGGUCAGCAACCCAUCGCCUACACGGGCUGGAAUUGA